UUUUGUUUUUUUAACCUCUGCAUGUUAGGAUUUCUUCAGUUGUUUGUUCAAACACAAGUUGAUUAGAUUUGAUUUGUUUUUGUACUUAUAGGAAUUAUUAUGCAAUGUAUGCUGUUAUGAGCUGGAUGAUCUUAAAAUGCUUCUAUCUGCAUUACCCGGCUGCAGUGCAGUCACAGUUUAUAUUCUUCAUCAAAUGAUGCCUGCUCAAGACCUCAAGACUUUUUUUUUUUUUUUUGUUUUAAAAUAUAAUUUAAUGAGUCCUGCAUGCUCUUGUGUUGCAUCCUGAGGUCAGUGCUCCCCUGCAACGCCCUGAAUGAACUGCUGCAUGAGAAGCAAUUGCAAAAUAGGGAUUCCUUGGCUUGCUUAUGUCCACCUUCACUUUAGAUUACCGAUUUUUUUAGAUUGGGCCUGUCAUUGAAUAUAUCUAAAGUUACACAAGAGCCCACUUUUUUCUGUAUAACCUCAUAAGUAAAUACCCUGGAAAACCAAACAACCGGUUGUGGAGGAUGAAACAGGAGCCUGUUUGGGUUGUCCGUCUCUGUUUGGACCUACAGCGAGCUCCUUUUUUAAGAAAGACUGAAGGACUUUGUUGGUGAAAUCGUUAAUAAAUAAACUGACUGUGUCAAGCCAGACUGAGAAAUACAAAGAUUUUCCUGCAGAUGAUGGGAGCGGCACGUGUCAAACGCCGCUUCAGUGCUGUGGUAGAUGGGCCAGUGGAGGAGGAGGAGGUCAUGAGGCUAGCACAAAGUGCGAGGGCAGAGGAGGGCCCGACAGGGUCAGGAAGCCCAACCAGCUCCUCUCCGGUCCAUGUCCUCAAUGGCAAAGCUCUACCUCUUCAGAGCAACACCAACAAUGCACGGAGGCAGAGUGCUAUUGGCGGGCCAGCCGGAGGAGACGCAGAGGCAGAAAUCAAAGUGAGAGCAGGAGAAAUUUGCCUAGAUCCGAGGAAUACCAAAGGUGGUAGUGAAGGUGGCAGAAGGGAUGGAUGUUCUUCAUCAGACCAGGAUUCCCUCUCUUCCCCCUCCACUACCAGCCGGAGACGCAGCAGGCGCUGUAACCGCCGGCCCAGGCAACGCUUUGUGGGCAAGGACGGACGCUGCAACGUCACCUUCGUCAACAUGAGCGAAAGGGGCCAGCGGUACCUCAGCGACCUUUUCACCACGUGCGUGGACAUACGCUGGCGUUGGAUGCUGGUCAUCUUCACGCUCUCCUUUAUUCUGUCCUGGCUUCUCUUUGGUUUUGCCUUCUGGCUCAUUGCCUCUGUGCAUGGGGACCUCUCCAUUCAGCUAACCCCCAGCUCCGGUUCUUCUCCUGGAUCAGGAGAAUCCGGCUCCGGAGGAGAGUUUGAUAGAGACAAGGCGAUAGAGGAGCCGUGCUUCCUCCAGGUCAACAGCUUCAUGGCAGCCUUCCUGUUCUCCCUGGAGACGCAGACAUCCAUCGGUUACGGAUUCAGAAGCGUGACCGAAGAAUGUCCCCUGGCGGUGUUGGCGGUCGUUUUGCAGUGCAUCGUGGGCUGCAUUAUUGACGCCUUCAUCAUCGGGGCAGUCAUGGCCAAGAUUGCCAAGCCCAAGAAGCGCAACGAGACUCUGGUGUUCUCUGAGACUGCGGUGGUGGCGCUAAGAGACGGAAAACUCUGCAUGAUGUGGAGGGUGGGAAACCUACGGAAGAGCCACCUGGUUGAGGCGCAUGUCAGAGCACAACUACUGAAGCCCAGGAUGACCCCAGAGGGGGAAUACCUGCCGCUCGACAAUGCAGACAUCAACGUGGGUUUCGAUACUGGCACCGACCGCAUCUUUUUGGUCUCUCCGGUGACAAUAGUGCACGAAAUCAACGAAGAAUCGCCUUUUUUUGAGAUUGACAAAAAAGCCUUGAAGAGCGACUCUGAAUUGGAGGUGGUGGUCAUACUUGAGGGAAUGGUGGAGGCCACAUCAAUGACGACGCAGUGCCGCAGCUCCUAUCUGGCAUCUGAGAUACUCUGGGGACACCGUUUUGAACCCGUGCUGUUUGAGAAGCGAGACGGCUACCAGGUCGACUAUUCAUUUUUUCAUCGGACCUACGAAAUUCCAAAUACGCCGUCAUGCAGCGCCAAAGAGCUGGCUGAGCAGCGGUACAGUGGAAGCUCACGCUCGUCCUUUUGUUAUGAGAAUGAGGUGGCGCUGGAGCUGGCCUCCCCAGAUGAGGAACCGGGUCAAGACCAGGAGAGCUCUUCCCAACUCACCCGAAUACCAUCCUUGGAAGCAUGAAGAGUAACGGGCCGCUAAAAAGACAAGACGCCCAGCUUUAGAGGGCAACAGGAAAAGAUAGAGAGUUAGGCAAGUUUAUUUGGGCAGAUCAAGAGAAGAGGGACAAUUACGUUAUCUUUCACAGAGGUUGUUAAUUGUUAGAUUUACAUGGGAAUCCCAGUGUGGCUAAAGACUAGAGAGAGGAAGAAGUUAGUGAGGCGUUUGGGGGGUUUGGUCACAGAUCUGAUCUAGUUGUCUGAUUGGUCCUGGCAGUCUUUCACAACCAUUACAAACUUCAAUCAAGUCUCACAUCUGGCCCAUCACUACCACAGCACUGUUAUUGGACCCUGAUCCCUGAUCAGAAGGAUGUGCAGCAGCGCCGCCUGCUGGCCACAACUUGCCUCUGCCUCUCAGCGAUUCUGACCUGGAGAAAUGUUUGACUUUUCCUCCAGCUGCUGCUGUGUAAUGAUGAGUUUGUUGUUACUCAGGAAUGUAUUUUCAAAACUAUGCUGACUUAUCACUUCAGUAUUUUGCUUUCUAAUGGUAAGUAUUGUCAGUGUCCUUUCUGUAAGGCUGAAGAACGGGUACUUUGGUAUUUGAACAGGGAUCCUCACUGCAGGAACAUGGUAACAAGGAGAAACUGUUGGAAACCAGCAGCAGUUUCCAACAGUUUCUCCUUUUUGAGUGUAGUGCAUAUUUUUUGUUUGUUUUUGGCUUGUGAUAAGGUUAUUGGGUUGUAAUGUUUGUGCUGAAUUUACUUCUUUAUUUAAGCAAAGUCUAUUGUAAGGUUUUGAACACAGCCGGAGAGAUGAUAUUGACGGUUUCCAGAUAAUCUGUUAAUGUUGCAAUUUUCUCGCACUAAUAUCUUCAGUGUCCUAUUAUGUGUUAUGUCAGCGAAACCAUCUGUUCAUUGUAAUUCUCUGUCAUAUUUGGAAAAUGUGCUAAGUGAGUAAUGGGAUUGUAAUUUUGGAAGUGUUUUAAAACUUGCUGGUCUGAAUUUGACAUAAAAGGACUUGCUUAAAAUGCGAGAGACUUCAACCUCAGAAAAAAAAAUCAUAGCUCAGAUGCACUGAGUGGGACAGAUUAUAUGAUGAUUGCGAGAUUUUAGUGGUUUGCUGUUUUUUGCAUCCCCAAAAGACUGUCUUCUAUUUGCACAAGUGGACUGAAACACCAUAUUCACAGGAUGUUAUUCUAUUUUAAUCUUAAUAAAUUGUGUAAUCGGUAAGACAUUACAAAUGCUUUCUCUGUUGAAACGUGGUGCCUUCAGAACAGAGCUGUAAUGUAACCACAGCCUGUUCAUCAGCAGCUUUUUAUUUCAUGUUUUGUGCUUAAAGUGAUAUAUUUGUGGCGUCCAUUUUCUUCAAAAGGAUUGUUUUUUUGUUGGUAUGUGGUUACUUUUGAAAACUUGCAAUGCAAUCUGAACACACAAAAUCAUAUGCCCUUUUUCAAAUUAUGCUCAAAAAUUUUAAUUUCCAGGUUUCAAAAUGAAAGUAAUCCUCUGAAAUGCCCCCUGGAGUUGGAACAGCAAACUGGGAAGUCAGAUGUUUCUCUACAACUAAACUAAACUAAAUCCAAUAUGGCUGCCAUGCAUGCAAGAUGUAGUGAAACAAGCACAAAUAAGGAGUUUGUUUGGGCUUCUAACAGUUAGUAACUUGUUUAAUCAGUCCCUCACGUGAUACUGCAUGAUCUUCUGGUGUUGCAUGGUGGAAUAGUUGUUCGCAAUAUCGCCCUGCAAGAAGGUUUAUAGAGUUUGCGUGUUCUCCCUAUGCAUGAGCUCUCACUGGGUCCAAAAAAUAUGCAUGUCAUGUUCUUUUCUUAUUGGUAAGUGUGUGUACAUGUUUUUAUUUAUUUAUUUUGUCAGUGUUUCUCUGUGUUGCUUCUGGGAUAGAUUGGUGACUGGUUCAGGGCCCACUACGCCACCUUGCAACCCUGCACAGAAAAGCGAGUAUGCAGAACUGAUGUUCCUUUAGUGUUAGAAUGCAGUAAAGGCUGCAAUUUUAUUGAAAAUGUAAUGAACUGUUAGUGGCAGGUAGUAUUUAGCCAGGGCUCUUAGCUCAACUCUUGGCAAUCUCCUCUGAUUUUCUACCUUGCUGGAGGAACAAUGCCACAUUUGAAAUUCCUUAAAGCUGGAAUUUGUGUUUAGGAAUUACGUAACAUCUGAGUUAAUCUUGCUUUUGUUUGAAGUUGGUAAACCAGUGAUGUUUUGCAAAUUCCUCUAAUGCCACUAGUCACAGUGUGCUUCUUUCUAUUAUAUGCAUUGAAACACAAAGGAACUGCACAAGUUAAUGUCAUACAAUAAUAUGUGUGCUGGUGGUUUAAUGACAUGCAAGCCUUCAGAAGUACAAAUACAGUUUAUUCCUGCAAUUUGUACUGUGUGUGCACAGCAGCCUUGCUGUAUCUAACCGUUGAGUGUGAAAGCCAGAGUUAUGACUUCAGGGGGUGUUGCAUUUGAUAAUUCAUUUUUCUGACUUGUGACCUGGUAAUCCUGUCUCUUGAGUACAACACAACUUGAAUGUGGUGUCCUUCCAAGUCCCGAUUUCAGAGGUAAAUGGAACGCACCAUUGCUGCUAAUCCAUUCCGCAGCUGAGCACGUACACCAUGGCCACACACUGAAUGUAUAAGAAGCUUUGUUCUUUUAUUGUAGACAACAGUAGAUGCACUUUCUAGUUAUUUUUUUAAAAGGACAAUAAAUAUUUGGGCUAAUUUUACUCUAGUAUAAGUUAUUGUGAAUCCCACAGCCAAAGUUGUUAAAUGUUUUGAGUGUAAUUCAGCGUGAAUGGAAGCAACAUUUAUAGUCACCCAAAUUGGCCUGGCCAACGCGUAACCUGUGAUUUUGUUCUUUGAGUUUUGUUGAAAAGUAAAAUGUUAAGGCCUGCAUCGUCAGCUUACAGCUAGAAAAGGAUUCAUACGCAGAGCAGAACUGAGCAGAUCAGACAGGAAGAACGGGAACUGGACCGGACACAGAAUAGUAAUCAGGCAGGGAAACUAAGGAGGGUGGCAGACAACGGAGGCAACGGAAGAAUCUGACAACUGGACAGCUUAUAUACAGGGGAGAAAAGUGGAGAAAGAUAUGGCAACACAGAUGGGAGUGAUCAGGUGGAAAAGUGAGACACCUGAGAGCAAUAAAGGCAGAGGCAACUGAGGCAAGGAGAGUAAUAGGCAGAAUGAGAGAAAUCAAACAGAGAAUAUAUGAAAAAUACAAAGAACAAGAAUGAACUAAGAAGCCAAAUGAACCAAAAUGGCUACAACUAGAAAACAGAAACAGCAGAGACUUAAAAGAAACCCAAAAACUCAAACACCAAAGGCUCAUGACAUAUACGACAUAUUAAGCUCUGCAAUGGUACAAUAUCUUUGCGAAAUCUGACAUUGUGCAAAAGCUUUGUAGCAUGAAGAGGAAGUGUGUUAUUAACUAGUGACAUUUUGUUCGUUACAGACAGUGGUAAUACUGAGCCAAAGGUACUGUUUCCUUUGCUGUUCUUCUUCAUAGUGUCCAUGUCCUAUUAAUAGCAUCACUGGCGGCUCCUGUCAUUCACCCUGCCUCCACCGCCACCAAAUGUAACUUGAACCUAAAGCACCAUCACUUUUGAACUUCAAAGAAACAGCAUUUGUAUGUGAUUUACUGCUCACAAUACUGGUCAGCACAUUGCGAUAUAUAACUGCAUAAUACGCUGUAAUGCUAUCAUUUUUUGUAAACUAAGGGAAGAAAAAGAAAUUGAAUGUUUUAGAGAUGUUUUUACUGUUUUAGCAAUGAGAAUUCUGAAUUUUACUUUGUACUUUUAGAGUGGCCUCAGGCACAGAGCACUCCCAAAUAAAACACAACUGUUUUAUUGAACAAAGAAAGGAAACUGAUACAACGGCAAUACUUUUGUUUGUGUGUUUGUUUGUUUUAUUUUUCUGGUUGCUUUCUUCACGUUGUUAGAUUACAGAGACCUUUAAGCACAUUCAAGAAGUAGCACUGCUGUGUAUGACUGAUACAAGAAUUAUCUGGAUUUUGUUUAUCUUUGUAAUUAAUAAUUAUGCAUAAUUAUUAUGCACGUUUGAAGUU